AUGUCAUGGGUGACGCUGGCGGCUGCUGCUAAAAAGCAUGAGUAUGAUGAUCAUGAAGCGCCAAGAAGCUUCAAAAGCGUGGGAUUGGUCCCUGGAAGGUCUACGGGGUCGCACGCCGUCCACGCCCAGAUUGGAGCGUUGACCACCCCGUUGAAUACAUCCAAUGCGACAUCUCCGACCCAAUUGGCGGAGGAAUUUGAGAUUGAGGAGUACGGGUUUGAUGAGGGGUUUAGCUUGGUGGAGAUGAUGAGGGACAAAGGUGGAGUGUGGGAAGAGAUUGUGGGGGAAAAUCAGCUGCGACACGCAAAGUUGGAGGAGGUGGGGCUGUGGGAGGUUGUGGAGGUUGUAUUGGGUGGGGGAGCUCAGUUGUCUAGCAUGAACAAGAAUAAAGAGCACGGGUUUUGCGGGUUUAGAAACUCCAGGAAUUCCUUUGUUUAUUGGAUUGAUAAAAUGAAAGCUCACAAGAUUGUGCCAUGA